GAAAAGAAAGAAAAAAGAUAAACAAAAUCAGUAUUCCAGUAAUUUCGUCAUGCCGUUCUAGAAAAAGGAUUUUAAGGUCUGCAUUUCUUUUGUAGAUCUAUGUAAAUUAAACGUACUCAUUUUCAAUGCCAACCAGUAUAUUAGAUACAUAAGAUGAACCGCAAGGCCGAGAAGUAAAACCUCGAAUGGCUACAGGUUUAAUUCUUGCUGGUCUUGGCAUAGCAGCUAUUGGUUUCGCUGGUCGCUAUGCCCUUAGAGCUGGGCGGCUAGCGCAACAGACCUUAAACCAAACGAUUGGGGAACUCCCAAGCGGUAGCUUCAGUAAAUACUACAGAGGUGGUUUCGAACCUCGGAUGAGUAAAAGAGAAGCUGGACGUAUCUUGGGAGUAAGCCCAACAGCAAGUAAAAUUAAAAUCAAAGAAGCCCACAAAAGAAUAUUGUUGCUGAAUCGUCCUGAUAGAGGUGGCUCACCAUAUUUGGCUGCUAAGAUCAACGAGGCUAAAGACUAUUUCGAUAAAGCUCGUCCUGGAGGAAGUUGAAAUGAUGUGUAUUAUUGGUU